UUCGGUUACUCAGGCAGAAUGAUCUUCAGCGGAUGUUGGCUCGAACUGAAGGGGAUGACCAAAGUCCAUUCACUUUUCAUCAAACUGUACCCAAAGAAAGUGACGCAUCAAAAGUGAGCAUAUCCAGGAGAGCCCUAAGUUCAAAGCUCAAUAGCUAUCACCAUGAGGCAGACAGUCUAUUAACCAGUAAGAAAAGCACCCGUCGUCUGGUUGAGGCGGUUCGAGCCAUUUGUUACCUGCUUUCAUCAGUGGAGACAAAGGAAAUAACUGACGCCAUUCAGCAGGUGCAGUCAGUUGCUCUACAGCAGGGAAAGGCUUCGUUUCAUACAGUUCAACUGCAGGACCAACAAGGUUCACUAGUGAGAGCGGUCAAUGAGUUAACUGCUGCAGUCUCACAGCUGGUAACUAUCUACUGCAACAAUUUUAACACUGACUAUCAAGUUGCCCAUGUUGGCGCCAUUGAAACUGUAUCAGCCGCAAAGACACUGUUGAGUACAACAGCUUUGAACUUCACCAUUUAUGCUGUGCAUGGAGUUCCCAGUGCCUGGGCUGUAAGCUACGAGAACUUAUUUGUGUCUUGUUCAUUAAUGUAUGGAGCUAAGGAGCUGUGUCAACAGGUGAAAACAGAAGAAAUUUCCAUCACAAGAUCUCCCCCUUUUGUUCUGGCUAGGUGGAAUCAGAGAAUACACAUGCCCAUUGAAAUUGCACAAUUACCUUGUGAGACGAUUCUUAACCUGACAUUGUAUGGAGACUGUACCACUACUGGGAGCUAUAUCGAUAGCAGCAGACACCCCAGAAAUGCUGACUGCUUAGCAAGUGUCUCCAUGCCUCUCUACAGCUCCAAACUAUAAAUUUUCCAGACUCAUUCCUGGUCACGUUUUCACGACCUGCUCCUGCAAACCAC